GUUCAACAAUUACAAACACGAGAAAGGCUGCCGACUAACCUAUAAAUCUGAAAGAAGGCUCUCCGCAGCUCGUCCAUCUUACCUCCUUGAAGCUAAAAUGUCGAACAUCCAUUUAUACACUACGCAAACGCCCAACGGCGUCAAGAUCUCCAUCACUCUCGAAGAGUUGGGCUUGAAAUACGAAUGGACGAAGAUCGACAUUAGCAAGAACACCCAGAAAGAACAAUGGUUUCUAGACAUCAAUCCCAAUGGUCGCAUCCCUGCACUCACGGACACCUUCACCGAUGGCAAGCCUAUCAGACUAUUUGAGUCUGGUUCGAUAAUGCAAUACCUGGUUGAUCGUUACGAUACCGAGCACAAGAUCAGCUACCCUCGUGACAGUCGUGAACAUGUCGAGGUGACCAACUGGUUGUUCUUCAUGAAUGCAGGCGUCGGGCCUAUGCAAGGUCAAGCGAACCACUUCGCCAGAUACGCCCCAGAGAAGAUCGAAUACGGGAUCAACAGAUACCAGAACGAGACCCGCCGCCUUUAUGGGGUCCUAGACAAGCAUCUUGAGUCAGCAAAGACCCCUUAUUUGGUUGGCGACAAGUGCACGAUUGCAGAUAUCGCUCACUGGGGCUGGAUCUCUGCUGGUGGCUGGGCAGGAAUCGAUAUCGAUGCGUUCCCAACACUGAAGGCUUGGGAAGAGAGGAUGUGGGCUCGCGAGGCAGUCCAGAAGGGAGCUAAUAUUCCUGAUCCGUACAAGAUGAAGGAAUUGCUGGCCGAUAAGGAGCAAAUGGAGAAGAAGGCUGCUGAAGCUCGAGCUUGGAUUCAGCAGGGGAUGAAGGAAGAUGCCGAUAAGCAUAAGAAGUAAGGUUUACAGUGGUGUAGAUGAAAGAGAGAGGAAUCGAACAUACUGAUGCAAUCUCACUUUGAC